AUGUCUCUCGCCGAUGUCGACCCCAACGACGUCUUCUUCACCUUUUCCCGCCUCCGGCCCAAGUUCUCCUGCGGCCGCCGCGUCCAGGACACACUCGACGCCAUCUUGAAACGGGAGCUCCGCGCCGAGGACUUGCCGCCCAUCAGCGUGCUGCUUGACCCGGCCACCGGCCACCUCUUCAGCCUCAACAACCGCCGCCUCUACGUCUUCAAGACGCUGCAGGCCGCCGGCCGACUCCAGACGGUGCCCGCACGCGUCAAGCCCGUGCCGCAGACGAAGCGCAUGCGGGACAAGUACACGGCGGACAAGUGCGCCAAGACGGCACGGCUGAUGCUCGAGCGCGAGGCGGUCGAGCGGUUAGGGUCGGACGACGAGGCGGAAGGCGUGAAUAGCGAUGGGGAGGGGCAGAAGCAGACGGGUUCAUCCGGGCCUGGGGAGAAUUCUUCGCCUGCUGCUGCUGCGACGCCGGCUCCUAGUAAACCAUCAAAACCCGUCCGAGACAUGGACGAUUGGACAGAUGAGGAGGAAAUUGGAAAGAAGAAAAAGGGAACAAGAGGUAAAAAGGGGCGGUAA